GGGUUUUAGCGCUGGUUUUUAGGGUUCGCUUGCUUUUUGUUUUGUUUCAAAAGUUGCAGUCUCGCACCAGGGAAGUUCUCCCCGUUGUGCCUUCAGUUUGGUGAGAUAAAAGUUGCCGUCUCUUCUCGUAGCCCGCUGUCCGGAUAGCUGAAGGGAUUUAAAGGGACCUGCCAAACCUGUUGUUUACUCGGGCCGUGCCCGCACGCAGCCAACAGGGCUGAAUCCCGCCUGCCCCGGAGCCCCCCCAGCGGCGCUUUCCUGGCGGGAACGGCCCCGGUUCAUCCUACAAAGAGCCUUGUCCCCGACUGAUGGCCCGUCCUUCUGAGUGAAUUAUUCAAUGAACAUUACAAUUGCAGAAAACUUGGGAGCUGCCCCCCGGCGCGGUGGCGGUGCAGGCUGCAGGCAGCUGGUGCAGGAGGCUGCUGUGCCCUGGAAACAUCUCUGGGCUCGAGGCCGGGCCCUGCCACCGUCCCCUCGUGGCUGGGGAGCCACCGGAGAAUGCAACUGCAGCAGCACUGGUUGUGCUUGAGCACAAUCUGCGAUGCUCUUUUUCACUUGGUUUUAAUUUGGCGCUUAGAAAGGCUGCAGGCUGACAGCCGUGCACGCCUUUCACUCUUUGGACAAGGCAGUCAGAGAGGAUGAUGGUUCCUCAGCACACUCCUUUAUUUUGCUGAGUGCUUGCCUCCAAAGCUGAGACUGUUCCUGGCAGCUGUGUGCAGGGUGUGUGCACCCCCUUCUCACCAGUCUGCACGCAGGCAGAUCCACUGUGUAGUUUAUAGCUUUUUAAAAUAAAAGAUUGCACAAACUCUGCACCAUAGGGACAGACAGUGAACUGGAAACCUUUCUGCCGAUACCAGCGGACUCUCAGCUCCUUUGGUACCCAGGUGAACUCUAGGUUUCUUGGGAUCUGUGGUAUCUGGUAGAGAAACAGCAAGUAACAAGUCUGGAUUUUCGAACACACCCACAGGCAUGCAACAUCCAGCUCCCACUGAAAGUAGGUGGGAUUGAGUGCCAGAGCCUCUGGGAAAAAUUCCUCCUCACUUCAUUCUGUAAAAGGAGCUAAUUGCCUAUCUAUUCAGUUUUCCUUUAAGAAGUAAAUAUCACUAACUUCUUUGUAGAAGAUGUUUAAAAAGCUGAUAAAUUCAGGGGCUAAAAAUAAAGUUAAAAACUGUGAGGAUUUGUUGUCUCGAUAAUACUGAACAGCUCUUUCUGUGUUAGCUAACUCUGCUUUCCAUUGAUUCUCAACACCUGAUGCCUUGUACCUCUUUCAUAAUGACAUGAACUGCGUCCACAGGGUCCUACUUGACAAUCAACUUCAUUCUUGCACCUCCUGUAGCACAAAGAGGAAACCAGUGAGCUGGGACUUGAAAAUUGCCUGGACAGGACUCCAUUUCACAACUCAAGCCUUUGCAUUUCUGUAGAAUGUGCUCAGUCCCAAGUCCCAGUGACAUGACCAGUAAUACUGCCUAAGGACAUGGAAAUGUUUCCUUUUUAAUGAACUCAUUUCAGCUGUUCUGCCAAAUAAUUACUGGUCCUUCUGUUCAAAUCGCUAUCCAGGUAUGUUAUCCUCUUUAGAAACAACAUAAAAGAACCUAGCCAAAAAACACAAACCAAAGCUGUUCAGUGUCUCAUGAUGUCAAGUGGCUGUGAUGCUUUUUCAGUAGCAGGUGCUUGCAGACAGCAUCAUAACAGCUGUAGUGACUGCACUCAGAUAAACAUCGCAGACCAAACUCCAGCAUGUUUGAGAACAUCCCAGUUUUACUUGCUGGGCUCAUGCUCAGGCUGAGCGUGGUGUUAGUUAUGCAACAGGAGUUUCAGGCAGGGAGAAGUCAUCUUUCAAGAUGGAAUGUCUGCAGGUGGGACAGGUUUGGAAUUUUUUUUUCCCCUUAUGCAAAUCUCACUGAUUAAUGUUUUCAUGCUUUGGCCUAUCCCUUCUGGAGCACCAACCCCAUGGCAGUUCAGAGGCACACCCACGUGGCAUAGCCUUUCAGUUCUCUGGCUUAAAUGAGAUAUGAGCUUCCUUCCCAGGGAAGAUCCAACAGGUGAUGAGUAGGCUUCUCAAUGACUUGACUGCUUCUGCAAAUGUAACUAGGAACAGCUUAUUCCAGCCAGGGUGCCAUGGAGACUCAAACAUGGAAAUGUCCAAUUUGAUUUUUGAAACAUGCUUAGUAGUUGCUGCUAGGUGCACUGGCUGGCUGAGAUUGCACUUCAGCACUGAGCACACAACAGUAGCUGCGGACAUCUACCAGCAAAAUGAGUGAGUUACUUGUUUUGUCAGGGGAAAGAUUCCUGAGGAUGUAGUUUUCACGUUUUUCUGUUUUGCUGAGCUCAUGAAGUGACAGCACCACUACAUGCUGUGACUCGUUCAUGGGCUGUAACAGCCAAAUAUAGCUUUCUUUCCUCCAAGUAAAAUUGUUUUGGGUGGAGAGAGGAAGGAAAGUAGAAGGAAAAUCUGAGAAUGUAGGGGACCAGAAGAGUGUGCAGUAUGCACAAGUCCAAGGUUAUUGUUGUUGGUUAUUAGUACCCCUGUUUUAAACUAUAGGGAGAGAUGACAGUAAAAAAUAUUUUUGCAGAUACUGAGGUUGCAUUUUCAGGUGACUCCAAUUAGAUUAGUCUCUUAACAUCCUUGGAGCAUUCUGUCUUUGGGCAUGUUCAGAUGUCCUUUUUUUUGAGGGAUCCAGUUUUAACAUCUCUUCCAAGGGUUUUUUGCAGCAGCCUGUAAACUCAUGGGAGGUAUGUUUAUGUUGAGUCUCUGAUACAGAUCAGUUCCUCUGUUGAUGUACAAUUCUCUGUCUUACAGUUGAUUUUCAGUAGAGGUAUUGCAGUUUAUUUCAGCAGAGGGACAGACCCAAGAAUUUAUUGAGAGAAGCAACUCUGUUUCUGGCGCCGUAGACAGCUCGGGAAGCAUUUUUCAUAUGUGUGCAUAUGCCUGGGUGUAUGCUCUUGCAGAUAUAAAAGCCAGAGCACCUAUGUUCUUUCUAUAUUAAGGCAUCUGUUUAAUUCCUUUUAAAAGGAGAAAAAAAUAUAAUUUUGGCUGUGUUUCUUUAAUUCCAAUGUAGGAAUGACAAUUGUGAGAUUUUUACUGACAGGAACCGGCUGCAUCAACAUAUGUAGGAUAGGUGGUAUUUUUCUUUAGUCCAGUUUUAGGGAGGCUGUGCCAAGGCUGUUGUAUACACAGAAAGGGAAAUCAAAUCGUUGUUCUCCUCUCUGACAAAGGUACUGGCAGUUCUGGGUUGCACAAAGGGUGAAUGAUCCCCGGUCAGUGGGGAGAUGGGAGGAGAGGAGGAUACGAAGUAUUUGGACUGACAUGCCUCUGCUCUCCCUUAACUCCAGGGAAUGUUUCUCUUCCAGCUUUGCAAGAAGCAGGUGAGCAUGUUCAUUCCCACUGAUAAUUGUGUUACAAAGGGAGACAUGCCUUCUAGGAAUUCCAUCCUUUCUAUUAUAAAAGGUUUUCAUUCUUCUUGGGUGAUCAGAAAGAAUGCAGAAGGAAUCUGGAAAAGCAAAUGAAAGUGGCUCAGACUUUAAGAUCUGAAAGAGUUCAGAAGUUCUUCACUAACUUGAAAACUUAAUGAGCAUCUGAAGCAAUGCCUCCUUUUAAUUUAGAUCAUCAAAUUAAAUUUUGCAAAGAAAGCUAAGCACCAAAUUCUAGUCCUGACAGGUAACAAAAACAUGAAACCAUUUUCACACGCGUGCUUCUUUGUAUCAGCCUUUCACAAAGGUAAUAAGCAGGGUGUGGGGAUUUUUCUUUUCUCUUUCUGGCUUCACUGUUCUCUUUUGCCAGACAAGUUUCUGUUUUUGAUGCUGCUUUUUCAGAAGUGAGAGGGCAGAAGAAUGGAGAGAACAUUUUCCUAGUGACUUUUCUGAGUCCAUUCAAGUUACUUGUAUAAAACAGAGCUUGAGGGAGUAGCAACUUCUGCAAGGAGAAGCUGAAGAGAGGGAUACCAGGGAGGGAGGAGGAUCACUUUUCCCCUGGCUUGGGGGAAUAGUGCUUUCUGACUAGUCCGGAUAAAUCUUCAUUCUGCAAAAUGACAGAUAAUGCUCUGCUGAGAGUUCUGAUUCUUUUUUUGAGAUCUGUCCGUUUCACUUCUGUGCAACUGCUGAUGUAUUUUAAUAACAUGCUUAAAUUCGGUAAAUGAUAGUUAAAUAGCAUUGAUAGCAUGCUUAGAUUUGGCAGAAUUAUGUUGUGUAAUGCUUUUUAACUUCUAAGCAAGUUAGUUUCUGCUUCCCAUCUUUUUAUCUGUCCCAGAUUUCACAUGGUUAAAGUUCCCCAGCUAAGAUUCAGGUGUUAGGGCAGCUGGCAUCCUAACUCCCUGGUUCUAAUUCGAGAUCUAAAUUGCAAAGCUUUCAAGUUAAACUUGUUAAAGGGCACAGUCAUAUUUACUGGAAAGUCCAUAUUAGCUAUUAAGCUCUCCAGCUGACAGAAUAUUUAGUGUAUAAUGGUCAAAUGGCAACUGUUUAGGAUUAAAUGUGUAACUGGACUGACGCCUUCCAUUUAUAACUGCACUUGGAUGCAGUUGUCAGACAAAUCUGUUUAACUUGUGGUUUUGCUACUAGCGCUUCCCCAUUCAGGCGUGAUGUGUGGUAAUACCAGUGCUGACCAUUCAUCAAGUGGGAAACAGAUGGCACUAGUUUCCCUUCUAGUGAAGGAUGGUGUUGAAAGGCUGCUCCUGUGAGAAUGGCAGCAAUGAUGCAAGCCAAAAUAUUUUCAGAAUAUAUGUUUUCCAGUCUUUGCCAGAACAUUGAUUGUAAAACAUACAUCUUAUUCUACUGUGGUGUAAAUACCAGCUGGUGACAGAGAUCAUCUUAUCACUGUCUGGAUUGCUGGAAGAAACCAGGUUAGAAAGUAAACUACAUUGUUGCUAGUUGUUUCUUGCCACGUAGCAGUUGAGAUUUUCUUGCUGCUUCAGUUUGGCAGCACUGAUGAACUUUGUGUCUGCAAUUAGUCUUUGACUUUCUAAAGAAAAGUACUAGACCACAGAUCUAACGUUGCAGUAGCCAAACAACAUCUAAAAUUGCUGUUUAGAAGUUGAAAAUUCCCAGGUGAGCAUGCUGUUUGAUCUCCAGAGGCUUGUUGAGCAAUGUCCUCAAGAGCAUCUCUUGAAGAAGCACAUCAGGUGCUAAGAAACUAAAUACACAAAGUGUUUGCCUAGAUACUCGAUUGUUUAUUUUCUUGACAGGUCAGGAAUAUUUACCUGAUUUGGCUGUGCAUUCAUUUGCUACACAUCCAGCAGAGCAGUUCUGAGUCUGACCAUGCCUCAGUGAGCCCAUUCAGCAGGUCACUACUUGGAUACCUUCUUUUACUUACUAGAUCUACUCCUGGCAUCCAGUCCAAUGCUGUACUAAUGCAGGGAGCAGUGUAUCUCCUAAAAAGCCUGGCACCAUUUGGGGUGACUUUGCUGGAUAUUUGCACAAGUUAACCUUGGGAGAAUGUAGCCUUAGGUGAUCUCCUUGUGCUAUAAACGAAAGGAAUUCAAUGCUUCAAGCCUUUGGAAGACAAUGUGAUCUGGGACAGGAGGGAAGGAAAGUCUUUAUCCUCUCCAUCUCUCUCCUAGACCUGGAGGGUCUCCUUGGCAUUCAGCUUGAGCAGUCCCUUGUCAUCAACAGGCUCUACAAGGUCAAGACAAGCUUUAUGGAAAGUCGACUCUUCCUAAAUGUUGGUGCAGUGGUCACAACCUCAAUGAGCACCAAAUGGUUUUGUAUAUGCAAGACUGAAAUGCAAACAUGCACACUUUCAGCUGGGAAUGGGUUCCUUAAUGGAUUUUGUGUCAGAGUAUUAGCCAACAAUAUUGGAUACAAGUUUUACUUUUCUCUUGUUCUUGGGAACGUGGGAAACUGCAUGUUUAUUUUGCUGUGCUCCUGUACUCUUGAUCUUCCCCCCUCAGUGGGGACGGGGGGAUGUAUUUUCACCUCUGCACAGGACUGUGGCUGGGCUUGGGUGGUUCCCAAGCUUUCACUGUGGUCCUGCAGGAGUGCGCAGGAUCUUUUCCUCUUGCACACGAUCUCCCUGUCAGCCAGGUCAGUGUCAUGCUGGAUAUGGUCGUUUUGUGGAAGCAUGUUUCUGACCUCACCUGAACCUGCCUUUCAAAAUAUUUUAUUGCCAUAAUCAUGUGGCAAGUCCUGGCAGUGUAGAUGAAACGAUUUCAGAUUAUUUUGCUCUGUACCACUUAAGGGUAAAACGAUUAUAGUGCUUACUUUUCUGAAGGUGGAAGAUUUGGGGACAGAUGCCUAUGCCACAAAUGUUAACUGGUAACCUGAGCUGGGUUACUGGGACUUGGUAGUACCUGGGACUGAGAAGUGGCUGAGAGUUCCCCCUCACCACACUUACCUCACAAGUGGAGUUGCUCCUCUCCUGAAAGUCCUUCCUGAGCUGCUGGGUCAUGCAGUACUUUUUUGUAGCUUCUCAAUGAAUUCAACAGUUUGACCUUUGUUAAGGAAAUGUGUUAUUUGCAUGGCUCUACCAAUUUUAUUUUUUUUCAAGCAGAAGUUCUCAGCAGUGGGAAGCUAUUCUCCUGGAGCUUCCUGCAGCCAGAGGUCUGUCCCCUCUCUGAGCACUUGGUGUGGGUGAGCAGCAGGGGUGGCUGCUGGCUCCUUGCAGCAGGUGGUGGAGGCAAACCUUGCACCAGAGUCUGUUCAAAAGAGAACGUUUUGGAACAGUCCCUGCCUGUGUUAUGAGACAGAUGCUGCAUGGCCUGUGAGGACUUGCUGGGUGUGUCCAGGCCCAGCGCCAGGAGAGCAGCAGCUUUGCUCAGUUGUUGGUUUGGGUUUUUGGAGCGCACUGGGAACCCUGUUUGCUCUGACAGUGUCUCAUGCCGUGUCAGACUGUGCCUGGCAGGAGUGUGCACUGGGGAACUACCAGCUUAGGGGGGAACUGCUUUGGUGGGGGGUCAGCAUGUGUCAAAAGGGUCUUUGUCAUGGUGACUGCAGUAACUAACUUGAAAAGUUUCUGCCUGGAAAAUGGCUCCGCUGUGUGGUACCUGCUCUGACAGCAAAUGCCAGCCUUGGUGUGCUGAAAGGAACAGGCAGAUCUCUGGGAGCAGGAGGGCGUUCAUGGAUUUCUGGACUGGCACCAAGUGUGCAGAGCUGGUAGUUACAAAGCAGGAACUUCCCUGUAAGCGGAGUUCCGUCCUUAUUGGCAAGGGAUGUGUGGUAGGCACAUGCUGAGAUGUGCCCCAGGGUGCUGCUCCAUGGCCCUUUCUUUCCUAGCUAGGUUUCCUUCCCAUGGAAAGCAGGGUAGGGAGGGCAGGAGGGCGAGAGCAGAGCAUGUGCUGACAUGGAGCUGGGAUGCUCACCUGGGGCCUGAGAACAGAGGAGUGCUCCCGGGUCCUGCAGUGCAGACAGGGCCAUUGAGGCUGGCUGGGACUCCACCCUGCUGUUUUUAGAGCAGCUUUUCAGGGUACAGCUGGGAGGAAAAGAUGUUUGGCUUUCACAAACCGAAGAUGUACCGGAGUAUAGAGGGCUGCUGUAUUUGCAGAGCUAAGUCUUCCAGUUCUCGUUUCACUGACAGCAAACGUUAUGAAAAGGAUUUCCAGAAUUGUUUUGGGCUCCAUGAGGCUCGCUCAGGAGAUAUUUGCAAUGCCUGCGUUCUUUUGGUGAAAAGAUGGAAAAAAUUACCAGCAGGAUCCAAAAAAAACUGGAAUCACGUGGUAGAUGCCAGGGCUGGACCUAGUCUUAAAACAACAUUGAAACCAAAGAAAAUGAAAACUCUGUCUGGAAGCAGAAUAAAGAGCAAUCAAAUCAGCAAACUGCAAAAGGAAUUCAAGCGGCACAAUUCUGAUGCCCACAGCACAACUUCGAGUGCCUCCCCAGCUCAGUCGCCCUGUUACAGCAACCAGUCAGACGAUGGCUCUGACACAGAGCUGAGUGCUGGGGCCAGCAGGACGCCAGUGUUCUCCUUCCUAGAUCUCACUUACUGGAAAAGGCAAAAGGUCUGCUGUGGAAUUAUUUACAAAGGGCGUUUUGGAGAAGUCCUCAUAGACACUCAUCUCUUCAAACCUUGUUGUAGUAAUAAAAAGUCUGCCACUGAAAAGCCAGAACAAGAAGAACCCCAAUCUCCAGCAAUCUCCACCCAGGAGGAGUGGUGACUUCCUUGGGUAGCUGCAGAAGGUUAUACAGAUUCUCUUAUUCUCUGGAAAAAUACUAGAAAAGUGACUGUUCUCUUUGGACACCUGCUAUGCUGCCAAAAGACUAUUCCCUAGAACUGUGUUGGGUUUUACUGCUACAAUUCCACAAACUCAGAAGCCAGUUUCUGUCCUUUCAGAAAGACUGUACAUAAUAUUUAAGAUGCUAUGGAACACUUGGCAAAGCUGAAUGCUGCUGCAAGGUUGUCUAAUUUCCCCCCCCCUCACUUCCCAAGUGAAUAUGAGAAUGGGGUUUGUAUAUUAAAGUAUAUGUAGUUCAUGUUUCUGUAUUGAAAGAAGCAAUGGUUGUAAGGCUUUUGUUGUUGUUUUUUUCUUUCUUUAAAAGUUGGUUGGCAAGCUUCCUAAAUUCCCGAGAAAAUAUUUCAUUCUUAGACAUGUAUGAGUCAAUAAGAAGAACUAAUACAUAGAAAUAAGUCACCUCUAGUUAUAUAAAUAUAUAUUUUUUAAGGUGUGGCGAUUUCACCCUAUACUACUGACAUAACAAAGACAAAUAUUUCAUCCCUCCCAUGUGACACAGACUGGUAAUCUGCAGACAUCUCUACUUCAAGUGGUAGCUAUCUGAGAAGGCCUCUAGCAUAGAAGUGCUCUUGAGAAGGGAUGGGAGAGCUCUCCACCUUAGCUGAAGAUUAAGAUUUGCCUAAGAACUGAACAUAGCAAAAUGGGAGGUUACUUUGUUUUAAUCCAGCAGCAAGCACCCUGGGCUUGGUGUAGUAACUCCUAGUGUUUGGAGAUGGACCAAGAAACUUCUUAAUGCCCAAGUCAGGUGUAGAUGACAGCCAAAACUGAGUAACUCUCUCUGUUGGCCCAGUGCAGCUGAAAUGUGACCAAAAACAAGACUCCUUCUGGUUUUGGACCUAACAAAGAGCCAAACCCCUUGCUAAGCAAAUCAGGUUCCGGUCCAGGGACAUAAUCUGGUUGCAGCCUGGGGUCUGGAUUCACAAUAACUGUUUUGAAACCCUUCCUCUGCAGUGCUUCUCUGUGUUUGGGUUUUGGUUUUUGGUUUUUUUUUCUGUUUGUUUGUUCAAGCAACUGCUAGAUCAAUGCUUUUGUGAAUACUGAAUCUGAAAAGUCCUGCUAAGAACGGUGCUGUGCAGAAUCAAGGCAGCAGCUCUGUUUGCAUACACAAUCAAAAGGUAAUACUUUCUGCACAGAUUCCCAGACAAGCUCAUGUGCAAAUUGUUGUGACACUCCUUCAAACUCUGCUUUGCCUGUAGGCUGGAAGCAGCCUCCUGGAAGGUUAUGAUGCAGUUCUAGCUCCCAGUUGCUUCACGUUCCUUUUAUGAAGGUUUUACUUGUGUGAGUUGGGAAUUAUGCUUUUUGUUUGGUUGGUUUUUUUUCUGAUCUUAGGGGGAGGGAGGAUUUUUUUUUUUACUAUUAUUUUUUUGGGAUAUCCUACAAUGGAUUGCUACAUGGUGUGAUUCUUGGGGUGUCCUGUGUAGGGCCACGAGUUGGGAGUUGAUCCUGAUGGGUCCCUUCAACUCAGCAUAUUCUAUGAUUCUAAGCUUUCCUUUUUUGUGAGUCAUUGGCAUAAUACUGUGGUGGGUAGGGUUUAGGACUGGAUUUCCAUGUAGUCUUGGUUCUUGAAACAGGAAUACUUAGCAAAUGAAAAUAUAGAUAGGGAAAGAUAUGCAGGUUUUAAGAGGAGCCUCUACCCUCAAAGCUUUUUUUUUCUUUCUUUUUUCCUCUCCUAUUGGGUUAGCCAACCUCUGGAGAGAAAGAAAAUCAGGGGAAACAGGGCUUUGACUUAUCACAGCCUUACAGCUUAGAGCUUUCCGUGGACUCAUUUUGCUUUUCCUAAACUCUGAGGUUCUUAAGAGAGGACAAAGCUGUUUACCUUGCUUAUAUUCUCAACCAAAUAGAAUCAUUCAGGCUGGAAAAUACCUGAGCCCAGUGAGUCCAGCCAUAGAUAUAAUGGAUACUUGAUUGUAUAAAGGCAUAACUAGGUUGGUCAUGUCUAAUAAGGGCUUGAGCAAGAGUCCUCGCUGUGUUUGCAGACACCUAUUUCAUAUUAAUUUGUGUUUUCAGCAUCAGGAAUUCUGUACACCUAAGAAGGCUGCAGUGUUGGUGGUAGGAUGUGCUCUGAUACCGAUCAUCUCUUCUGUAUUUAUUUAUUUAUUGCUGGAUUUCAACCGCCAACUGCUUCCCCUACUCCCUCCCACCUAUUGCAUUCCCAGUAGUAAUGCAAAAUGAGUAGUCAUGCACUUUGUAUUAAUGUAUUAGAAAUCUAUGGAACCUGUUUUGUACUUUUAUACUGUUCAGACACUUGUAAUCCAAACUUUGUUUUUACUAGGGUAAUGAAUAAAUUUAGACUUAUUUAGAAAAUAA